AUGGUAAACGCCUAUGCUAUGAAGGUGCGCUACGAUUCGCCCAUUGAUGGUAUGCCCACCAUUUGCACGUGUGAGAGUUGCAUUAAUGACUACCUCUACGUCUACGAGAAACGCAAUGUCGCUGGUCUCCUUUCUUUGCCUGUUUCCUCGUCAGAGGUUAGUCGGGAAGUUGGAGAAAACUUCUACUUCUGGCUCCAGCAAAACAUUCACAUCGUCUGGAUAGGCACCUUCUAUCGACUAUUUGUGUACCCAACUAACUUAAUAUGGCGAUUAAGACCGUUUGAUUCCCCCAGUGAAAUCCCUUCCGGCAAUUGUAUAUGGGGAGCAACGGAAACGGCUAAAGUUCGAUUCACCUGCACAGAUUGUGGAAAGGUUUGGACCUCAAUAUCAGCAUUGGCCUCCUUUGCCCUCUGUCUGGAGAAUGAGAAUGGCCAACAGGUUCGGAUUUUGUGGUUCUCUCUUCAUGGACAAACAUGCUUGGACUGUGUUGUCAAUGGUUCACCACCUAAACUUCACUAUGGAACAUGGUAUCCUCAUGAAGUUUUCCGGGUACUGAAUUUUUAUGUCCUUUGCGCUUAA